AUGUCUAGUCAUAGUGAAUAUGAGCUUCCAUCCCAGCCUGAAAAACAUUCUCGCCCACAAAAUGUCUCCACUAAAAAUGAUUAUCAAAAGCAGGCAUUCAACAGACUGAUAAACAUCGAUGAAACGAAGAGCUACCAGUCCAGAAUAGAAUCACUAGCUCUUAAGAAGGGAGAAACCAGUUUGAAAAGGCUGUUACAUAGUGAUGAAACUACUGUGGAACCGAACCUCAAAAGGAACCACCUCGAGGAUCAUCAACAAACUCUACGAAGCACCACAAGAAGCAUGGAACAAGCCGAAUCUAGAGUGAGUCUCACAGACAAACUUCUCGACAAAAUUAUUCCUGCUGGCUACAUCAAGGUAAUUCCAAAGGAAAUCUCGCGUGGCCCCUCUGUCACAGUCCAACUAUAUCAGCCCCCGGAUCACCAGCCUUCCGUGGAUACAAGUCUCAUCAGUGAUAUCUCUAUGGAAUACGAGGGCAUUCUACUAAAAAAGGAGGAUAGGAAACAUUUGUCGCUUCUUGGUAGAAAAAGCGAGGAAGAAUUACUCGAUCCCAAUGACAGAAAGCGAUUUAAGGUCAUGGAGGUGAUUCUAAAGGCCAAGAACGGAACAUCUCAGGUGAGAAAAAAAGCCAACCGCUGGUUUAACUCACACUCCUCUGACUUGGGUGCGAAGGCGAUUUUCAGCGUGCUCUUACCUCUAAUGCUUGAACCUGAUCUCGAGGACAGCGAAAGACAUAUUCUACUCAAGCUAACCACCAGGGCUGUAUAUCAGUUGUCGCAUGGAAUAAGGCCUUAUACACAUAAACUCGUGACAGCCGUUAGCCCCUUACUUAUUGAUGAGCAGAUGACACUUCGCCUAGAAGCCAAGGAUACCAUCGCUGUAAUUGCACGUUCAGCUGGCUUGGCCAAUAUCAUUACAUCUCUCCGACCGGAUCUCGACAAUAGCGAUGAGUAUGUGAGAAACUUGACCGCUCGAGCCCUUGCAGAGGUUGCCGCAACUUUGGGUUUAGUCAAAUUUUUUCCUUUCGUGAAAGCCGUUCUUAGAUCGAAAUCUUCACAGGCUCGUCACACAGGGAUUAGAAUCAUACAUCAUAUUUGCAUCAACUUGGGAGGUGGAAAUGGUGCCUCCAUAUUGCCCUACUUACCACAAAUUGCCGACACUAUAAAACCCGGUCUAGAAGAUGAGCUUCUUCCAGUGAGAACAGCGACAGCAAAUACGGUCUCUCUCCUUGCAGAAAGCGUGACAGUCGUCGUUGAAUCACUUAUCCCCUUGGCGAAGAAUGCGAACGAGAGCAUGAGACAAAUGGCUGUGGGUGCAAUAAACAAGAUAGCUAGGAGCUUUCCUGAUGCAUUUUUAGAGCUCCAAGAACGCUCUACAGAUACAUUACUUGACUCAGUGCUAUUUGCUUUCCAAGAACAGACUCAACUGCACUCCGUGUAUCGUUCAGCUGUUACCUCAGUGUGCAACGCACUUCAGUCAAGAAUCAAGCCCCAUAUAACUGCACUCUUGAGUACCAUUCUAUUUCGGAUGAAAAACAAGGAGCCAGAAGUGCGUCUACAAUCCGCAGAUUUGGUGACAGCAGUUGCACCUUUGCUCAACAAAUUUGGCGACAAUAAUACCCAGAUUAUGAACAGACUCAUUCUAUUUCUUUAUGAAUCAUUAGGAGAGGUUUAUCCUGAAGUUUUGGGCUCCAUCAUAGGGGCUUUACAUGCCUGUCUAGAAUCGCUAAAUAAGGAGGACUUAUCUUCUCUCGAUAAUCCCUCUAUUAGCAUGCUUCUACCGACAUUGACACCGAUUUUGAAAAAUCGGCAUGAAAAAGUGCAAGAAAAUUGCGUGAAAUUGAUCGGGCUCAUUGCUUGCAAGAGCGCAGAAUGCAUUAAUUCGAAAGAGUGGAUGCGUAUUUGUUUCGAUCUUUUGGACAUGUUGAAAAGCCAAAGAAAGCGAAUCAGGAUUGCGUCCAAUGCUACUUUUGGAUUCAUAGCCAACGCUAUUGGUCCUCAGGACGUUCUCGCCACUUUGCUCAAUAAUCUAAGAGUGCAAGAGCGUCAGCUAAGAGUCUGUACAGCGGUCGCUAUUGGAAUUGUUGCAGAUACUUGUGAGCCAUUCACCGUCUUACCUGCCCUCAUGAAUGAGUAUAGAAUGCCUGACAAGAAUGUGCAGAAUGGUAUUUUGAAAUCCCUUGGCUUCAUGUUUGAAUACAUCAACGGUGCCCAAAGCAAAGACUACAUUCAUGCUGUUACACCUUUGAUCGGGAAUGGUUUAACAGACAGAGAUCAGGUUCACCGACAGACAGCUGCUACAGUGGUUCGUCAUCUUGCGCUCAAUUGCACAGGAUUUGCUAAUGAUGACCACAUUGAAACGUUCACACAUUUGAUGAAUCUUUUCCUUAAGGCCGUGAGAGACAAGGAUGGCAACUCUCUAGGGCAAUCACAUAUCGUGGGAUUCUUUCGCAGAAUCUGCAAACUACUAUACCAUGGCAUACAACCACUAUUCGUUUUUGAUGGCGGGGCUCCAGCGCUUAAAAGGAAAGUGAUCCAGCAACGUAAAGAGAGAAGACGAGAAAACCAAGAGGAUGCUGCAAUGUCAGCUCAGAAAAUUCUCGCGAUACAGCUCCAGAAGGAUAAGGAACUACCUCAAAGUCGAAAGCGAGAACUUUUGAAGGACCCAGACUCGUCAAAGACAGAGGCGCCGAACCCAGAUGGCACGGUUUAUCUCGAAGAUAUGCCGAUUCUUCAUCCAGAACAUGGAACACUGCAAGGUCAGAACUCACAGCAGAUAGAAUUGGUUCAAAGCUCACCAACAGGAAAGUUUAUAAAGAAAGAUGAGUAUCAUCUUCCUGAGAUUCGACAAUUUACUGUCUCCAAGGAUGACAAUAGAAUUAUGCCAGCGGAUGAAUUUCAAGAGUACACCGAAAACGCCGACUUUGAUACAGUAGAUGGGAUCAAUAUUGACUCGGUCGAUCCUUCUUCCAAAGAGUUCACCGAACUCCCAUUAGCAACUCAGUAUAUGAUUUUGUCUCACCUCAGAUUACGAUCCAGGUUGAGACUAGGGUAUUCAAAGGACCAGUUGGAAGGGCUAUUUCCAAAUAGCAAAGAUUUCUCGAAGUUUCAGAUUGAUCAAGUCAAGAAGAGAAACUUCUACACCCAAAGACUCAUGACCGUCAGUGGAAUGCUGGAAGAUAGUGGGAAUAUCACACGUCGAAUCGCUGGAGACAAGGACCGACACUAUGCUCUCGUGAAGAACGAGGAUGGGUGGACUCUAUCCUUGGGAGAUGGAGAUGGGGACCUUAUUGAAAUUGACGACAAUGGGGAAAUAAAGCGCUCAUUAAUGUCAUCUUUUGAUGAUGACCUGGAAAAGAAUAAAACGCAAAUUAAGACAGGGGACAGCCACACUGCAGCUUCUAGUGAUAGCGAUGAAGAAUUCGAAGAUGUGCCUGCUCAUCAGCAAGAAGAUGAUGAGGAAAGCUCACGAGCUAUCAUUCAAUCAAUCUACGGCAUGUAUAAAGAUGAUUACGAGGAAGGUUCAUGUCUCAAUGGAAAUGUGGGAAGUCAAACGACGGAAAAGAAAUCACCGGUAGGUACUUCUGAGCAGGAAGAAGAUGUCAUUAUUCAAGAGACUGAUCUAGAUGAGAACAAGCCAGACUUGAGCAGCUCAAUGCUAUUUCGGUCUCAAAAAAUCGAUUCAAGCGAUGAGCAGAAGGAAGACGCUGAUGAGUGUGCAGCUUUCGAAACUCUGGGUUCUCCUCAACCUAUUCAAAGCUCUCAUGCAAUGCCUUCAUGGUUCGACCAUAGUGUCUCUCAAAUCGAAAAACCACAUUCAGGUGAUAGAUUUUUUACGCAAGAAGUUCAAAGUACUCGGCCUAUAAAUGAAGACGAGAAAGUGGGAUUGAUUUCAUAUUCUGAAGCCAGGGAUCUCAUAGACACAAAAGAGAGCCCAGGUUCACCACUCGAACAAGAGCACUCCGACGUGGAAAUCGUGAAUGAGCAGGACCUUAUUGAAGAUGAAAUACUGGGCUCGGACGUGGAGAUAACAAAUGAAAAGAGCUUUUCAAAGGAUGAGCACAAAAGCGAUGUUACCACGCAGACCAAAUUCAAACCAUCGAUGAUCCAGCAUGAAAAAAAAGUUUCUGAGAAAGGACAAAAUCAAAAGGAUGAUGAUCAAGAACUGGAGGCUCUGACGCAUGACGAUAUAACUGUCCGAGACAGGAGGCAGAGCACUACACUUGACUCUCAAGGACCGACACAACAAAUAGCAGAGAAGUCCGCUCCACAACGACCAGCUGUGCUAGAAUAUGAGUUGGAAGAGGAUGAAGAAGCUGAAAUGAUGAAUCAGCUCCGUGAGGAGGAUAACCAGCACGAAGAAUUUGCGACUGAGAUGAAGACAAAACAUCAUAUUCCUAUUUCAACAACUUCACUAAUUUCAGAUGAGCAGCUAUACCAGGAACGUGUACAAAAAGCCAAACGAGACUCUGAUGAGGUUUCCCAAACGAUGAUACAAGAUGUUCAGGAGCUUUUGAAAAGGUUUGGCAUUCCGUUCAUCACAGCUCCAAUGGAGGCGGAGGCCCAAUGUGCCGAGUUGUACCGUCUCCAAAUGGUAGAUGGAAUCAUUACUGACGAUAGCGACUGUUUUCUUUUUGGAGGCAGUAGAAUCUACAAGAAUAUGUUCAACCAAAAGCAAUAUGUGGAAUGCUAUUUUAAUGAAGAGAUCGAUCACAAGAUUGGACUUGACAGAACCAAGCUAAUUGAAUUGGCGCUUUUAUUGGGAAGCGACUACACCGAAGGCAUCAAGGGUAUAGGGCCUGUGUUAGCCAUGGAAAUAUUAGCAGAGUUCGAGGAUCUCAAAAGCUUCAAGCGGUGGUUCGAUGAGCAUGCCCGGGGAUUUUCACAGCCAAAGGAUCCAGAUUCCAAACUCAAAAAAAAUCUUUUGAAACGUAUCAAAUCCGGGAAGUUGUUUCUUCCAGAUAACUUCCCUGACCAUAUCGUUUUUCAGGCCUACACUCACCCGGAGGUGGACAGAGACACGAGUGAAUUUAAGUGGGGCGUACCAAAUCUAGAUCAGAUACGUUCCUUUCUCAUGUAUAAUGUUGGGUGGAGUCAAUCACGGGUGGAUGAGGUAAUGUUACCGCUUAUAAGGGACAUGAACAAGAAGAGAACGGAGGGCACACAGACCACAGUUGGUGAAUUUUUCCCUCAGGAAUAUAUCUCAUACAACAAGGAUGCCGCUCUUGGAAAGAGAAUGAAGCUGGCUACCACGCGCUUACAUAAAAGAAAGAAGUUGGAUAAAUAA